AUGGGUUAUGUUAAGACAGUGCUGGACAGAAUCCCAGUGGAAGGAAAUGCAGAUAGUUCCAUGAUCUAUGCAAGAAAAAUCCAGAUUGCUCAUUCGGACAAUCCCGAAAAUUGGACCUGGAGUUCAAUUCACGAGGCACCAAACGAAGUAGCGAUUGCAACAAUGAAAGAAGAAUACUGGACGAACAUAACAGGAAAUUUUAAUACGAGGAAACUGACACCAGAGACAAAGUACGAAGUGGUGUUCGUGGUCAAGCUGGAAGAGAAUGCAGAUGGAUGGCAUGAGCCGGUGAAGUUGAAUCUGAAGAUGGUUAUGCACGAUAAAAGGGAGUUUCUGCAGGAGCAGGUAGUUUAUUUAGACACAUACAAAGAUGACGACGAAUGGGUCGACAUCAAGGCCGGGGAUUUUGUGGCACCACCAAACAAUCUACCCGCGAGGAUCACUUUCACCAUGUCCCAGCAUGACGACUCCAUCCGCAAGACCGGGCUUUUGGUUAAAGGUGCUGCAAUUCGUGCGAUGGACUAAAAUGCAGAAGCAAAAUGCACAUUUGAUCUUUCUAUAUUUAUUUGUUUCAAAAGAAAUAAAAAAGCUUAUUUAUGUUUGGUAAACGGUGUGAAUUUUAUUCUUGUUCUAAAUAAUACAGUGUUUCUACAUGAUUAUUUAAGAUUCUUCAAAGUUGAAAUAAA